CAAUAGAGGGGGCUUGGGCUUAAGAGUGGUAUUCUGCCCGCUGGAGUGGGUGGGUAGCGCUUGAGAGCAUCCCGUCCCUUCAAGCACCACAUAGCAGGAUUCCUCCCUCUGGAUAGUCAUCAGUCGCACAAAAUAUAAUCAUGGGCUUCUUUUCGAAAACGUCGUCGCAGACCGCCUCGCUGGAUGUCAAGCGCCCGACUCAAGCGCGUAAUGACAGCCAUCAAGACAGCACGGCGCCACCUGGCUGGUCCGCUCGCAGUGCGGAUGGUCGGGUCUACUUCGUCGAGGAGAAGACAGGCCGUAUACAGUUUGACAAAGCGCCAGAUUCAAAUGGCCAGGUGCAUGGCUUACAGGCCGGACAAGCAGAGGGCAAUCCACCACAGAUGAGAUUUGGCGGUUAUCCUGGCGCGAGGGGGAGUGCUGCUGAGUACUACGAUACCGGUAUCGAGUUUGGUGAUGCAAAGCCUAGUGCCAGUAACUUGGGCACCAUCGCCAUGACAGGGAAGGAAGGCAAGAAGGAGAAGAAAUCGUCGGGAUUGAUGAGCAAGGUUCUUCUUGCUGGUGCUGCAGGAGCGGCGGGACUUGCUGUUGGCAAGGCUUUGGCUGGGAAGAAGGAUAAGAAGGAUAAGAAGGACAAAAAGAACAAGGGUAGGUGUGAGAUUUAUUUGGCCAGACUGAUAUGCGCUAAUAACUCGAUUACAGGAAAGAAGGACAAGAAGUAUGAAACUGUGGUGGAAGAUGACAGUGAGGACGGACUAGACGACGGCGAUGAGAAUUCGGAAGUCGAAGAGGAAGACUCGGAGGAAGAGAACGAGGAUGAGGAAGUAGAUGAUACUGAGGAUGACGAGGAAGAGGAGGUAGAGGAGGAUGAUGAGGAAGAAGAAAUAGAGGAUGAAGAAGGAGAGGAAGAAGAAGUAGAGGAAGCUGACGCUGACGCUGACGUUGAUGUCGACGAAGCAGAGGAAGAAGACGAUGGAGAUAAUGACGAAGAAGAAGACGAAGAAGAGGACGAAGAAGAGGACGAAGAAGAGGAAGGGGAGGUCGAUGUUGAAGAUGAAGACAGCUCAGAUAGUGAUUGAUGUAGUAUUCACUCGGAACGUUUCCUGUGUCCAUGACUCAAUAUAAGAAUCCCUACCUGCGCUCAUGACAAGAACACCCUUCAUCUCCACUAUAUUAGAUGAUAGUGAUCUCUCAUUAUAGCCACAACCCGACCAUGAUGCGCCAAGCCCUUUGUUGCAUAAUAUCACAUCGAAGAAAAAUACAAAGGUUCUCAGAAU